AUGAUUGACCCUAAAUACAGAUUCUGGGCUGGUGGAGGCGCAACCAAUCACAUAAAUGACGAGUUCAAUGUUAUGGACUUUGACCAGCGACGCUAUUACUCAAUUCGAGGUCCGUCGAGUUUCCUAAGAAUGUCGGACGAGGAACGAGAUGGGUGCGACGCAAUCGAAGUUCUGAAACGCUAUAUGGAUGAACUCGACCCUGCUGUUCAUACCCUCACGGUGGAUGCCUCAGGCAACCUCAUUUCAACAUCCUCAGACCCUGACGACGAUCGUCAAAUGGCAAUUUUCUAUCCAAGUCUUCUUGAUGCUCCGAGUCUCCAGGAGUGUCGUAUGAUUACGAUGGCCAAAUUGACUGAGCUCAAUCGGCUCAUGCCUGGGGUGGACCUUGUGAGUUAUGAAGACGAAGAUGGCACUACAAGGGAAGUGGUGUUCAAGAAUACGCCAAUCGUGCAAUAUAAAGAGCGCAGGUGGAGAGAGAUAGUCAUGCUUCAUGACUUGCCUACACAUCCUAACAUUGUCCCAUUCGAUCGCAUUGUCGUGGAUGACAUGAUGUCUCAGCACAUCUUGGGCUUCACGGUCCCUUAUCUCCCUGCACCCUCGCUUGACAAAGAUCAUAAUCAGAUAUUUCGUCUGGACUGGUUGCAUCAACUGACUUCACUUGUCGACUACCUCAAUCUGGAACUUCAAACUGUCAACCAAGACAUAGCACCCAGAAAUCUCAUCUGCCUGGACCAAGCACCCGAAGGCAGUCAGCUCAGAACGUUCGACUUUGAGUACGCGACUGCCAUGGGACUACCCUGGCACGUCGAGGAAUUCAACGACGUCAAAGGCGUCAUCUUUACUCUGUACGAAAUCAUCACGCUGGACACUUCCUACCGAAAAGUUCCACCCUCGGAGCAAGAUCCAGACGCAGUGAUGAAGCUCGAAUAUUGGCCACAGCGACGCAAGCUAGACUCGGAUGUUGAGGACUUUCGCCAGCACUUGAGAGAAUGGGUCGAAAGUCGUCAAGCCGUGACUUUGUCUCCAGCAACUCCAACACCUUUUCCUGAGAUGCCUAAACCAAGGUCUGUGAGGGAUGAGUCUAUCUACACGGGAGAACUCAUCUACCACAGCGUCCCAUGGAUGUCGCAAAUGUUGGCUCGAAAACUUGGGAAUUAUGUGAUUUCAUGGCAGCGUCCACCUAGCGCACAGAUGCCUGCUCUGUAA